AUGAGGGUCCGGCUGCGAGCAGCGGGGCUGGCCCAGCAAGGCUCCGAGGGCUGGGCGGAGGGGCAGGGGGUGGCUAUCAAGUCGAUCCGGAAAGACAAAAUCAAGGAUGAGCAGGACCUUGUCCAUAUCCGGAGAGAGAUCGAGAUCAUGUCCUCCCUCAACCACCCCCACAUCAUCGCUGUCCACGAAGUGUUCGAGAACAGCAGCAAGAUCGUCAUCGUCAUGGAGUACGCCAGCAAGGGGGACCUGUACGACUACAUCAGCGAGCGGCAGCGGCUGUCGGAGCAGGAGGCGCGUCACUUCUUCCGGCAGGUCGUCUCCGCCGUCUACUACUGCCACAAGAACGGGAUCGUUCACAGGGACCUGAAGCUGGAGAACAUCCUUCUCGAUGCGAAUGGGAACAUCAAGAUUGCAGACUUUGGCCUGUCCAAUGUUUACCAGCAGGACAAGCUCCUGCAGACUUACUGCGGUAGCCCUCUCUACGCAUCCCCCGAGAUCAUCAACGGGAGGCCGUACAAGGGCCCGGAGGUGGACAGCUGGUCCCUGGGCGUUCUUCUUUACAUCCUGGUCCACGGCACGAUGCCGUUUGAUGGCCACGACUACAAGACUCUGGUCAAGCAGAUCACAAGCGGGGACUACCGGGAGCCCACGAAGCUGUCAGAUGCCUGUGGGCUAAUCCGGUGGAUGCUGAUGGUGAACCCAGAGCGCCGUGCCACCAUCGAGGACAUUGCCACGCACUGGUGGGUGAACUGGGGCUACAAAGUGCCCCUUGGGGAGCAAGAGCUGCUGCGGGAGAGCGAGUCGCCCCUGGCCACAGUGACAGAGUGGCUUCGCCGCUCCUCCCGGCCCCUCCUGGAGAAUGGCUCCAAGGUGCGAUGCUUCUUGAAGCAGCACAUCCCUGGUGUGGCCCUGGAGCGGCAGCGCUCCCUCAAGAAGUCCAAGAAGGAGAACGACGUCUCCCACGUGCUGCAGGAGGUGGCCCUGGCCCCGGAGAACCCCUCCAAGUCCAUCCUCAAGCGGCCCAAGGGCAUCCUGAAGAAGAGAAACUCCUGUGAGCAGAAGGUGCUUGGUCCCGGUCCCCCGCCAGCAGCACCCAUGGGAGAGGCGAGGGGUGAGGAUGGCGAGGUGACCGCUGCGGGUCUCACCCGGAUCCUGUCCUCCAGAAUACUGGCUUGCAGCAGGGAUGAUGGAGCGGUGCCCAUGGCUGUGCCCAAGAAGGGAAUACUGAAAAAGCCCUCGACGAGGGAGUCGGGGUAUUACUCGUCCCUGGAGUGCUGCGAAUCCGGGGAUGUCCUGGAUGCAGGUAGCUUGGACCUUGAUGGGAGCGUGUUUGCUGACACCCCCUCCCCGGAGCAGGGACCCCAGGGCCCCCCUGCCCGCCGCAAAGGCAUCCUC